AUGACUAACAUACGUAUUCUUACCUACAACAUCUUAGCUGAGGUCUUUGUUAAAAAGCAAUACUAUCCAAACACGUCAUCCAAUCUUCUCAACUAUCAAAAUCGUCGUGAACAUACAUUACGAGUUAUUGAAAAUUCGUCCAUUGAUUUCAUUAUGUUACAAGAAGCACAAGAUCAAGAUCGACUACAAUUUGAAAAAUAUCUUUCGUCAAAAUAUGAAUGUUCAACUCUAGCUGCAAAAUCUGAAAUAAUCACUGCACGCAGUGCUGGUACUAUGUCACUUGUUUCGAAAACAUGGACAGGAAAGUAUGAUAUUUUACCGGUUUCAUUUGAUAAUGGUAAAAAAUGUCAAGUGAUUAAUUGUGAAACACCUGAUGGAAAACGGUUUUCGAUCGUGAAUAUACAUUUAGAUUUUAAUGUGAAAGAAAAACAAUUUGCGAUGUUAGAAGAACUCGUAUUUAGACGAUUUCUAGGACCAUUUAUUAUUGUUGGUGAUAUGAAUGCUACGAGAAAAGAAAUGGAAAAAAUGUUUGAGAAACAUGCAACACUAAAAUUUAUUAAUGCAAUUAAUGGAGAUCCUGAUACAUAUUUUAGCGAAGAUGGAAAAGGAACAAGGCAAUGCGAUCAUAUAUGGAUAGAAGAAGGAUAUUUUCAAGUCAAAAGUAUUAAUAUAUCCAACAAAAUAACCGAUUUAGAAGAAUGUUUAAAACAAUUUGGUUCUGAUCAUGCACCAGUUGAAGUCGUAAUUAAUAUUGUUUGA